AUGCGACUCCUCCUAGCGCACCGGCGUCUCGCGGGCGCCAUCUUGAUCUUCGCCUUUGCCGCGGCCAUUUUGGGAGGCGAUGCCCAAGACAAAGCCCCGAAGAUUCGUGUGAUCUCAAAAGGUCUUACGAGCUGCAUCAGAGCUGUUGCGACCGAACCAAUGGCUAUUGAGAUACACAACACCUCGUGGACAAUGUUGGAGCCCAAUGUUUUCGCCUUGGCGGGCUGCCUUGACGUUCGUCGAUCCGUCACAUCACCGUUAGUUGGAUUUGCGUCUCUCAAAAAGUGUGACGAGUCACACUCAAAAUGCAGCGCACCAGUUGUUCAAUUCUCGCGACCUCACUUGUGCGACGAAAUGAAGAGGAAAGGCACAUUUAUGAAUGACGUGGUGGCUCAUUUAGAUGGAGGAUUUAAGGGGUGUCCUGUCUUGCCGGGCAAUUACUGCUUGGCUCAGCAAACAUUUUCGCUCCCAAAUGAUACAAGAUGCGGCGAACUUGGCGGUGAAUGGCAAUUAGCAGUGAAGAUAACUGUACCAAGUCAAGGGCAAAUUAUGUGCCAAAUAUGGAACAUGGUAGUUGAAGUGGACUGUGGUUAAUUUAUUGCAGUUUUACAUAAAAGGUUCACUGGUGUAGUUCAAGAAAAGAAAUAAAUCUUUCGUCCACAUCGUAUUAAAUAAUUUCUUUUUAAAUGUCAGUAUUUUUUGUAUUUAUUUUAUUAAUAAUAUUUAACAUUAUUAA